CAUAUAUAUACAUAUACAUAGUGUCUAUAUAUACAUAUAUAUAUAUACGUUCUAAUGACAUGUACUCUUAGUUACAAAGGACGCACUCUAGAGUGUACCCUUGAAGAGAAGCCUAUUAUAAAUGAUAAAAAAUACCUCAUUCUAUUAGUUCAUGGACUAUUUGGCAACAAGGAAGCACUUUACCUACCAGAUCUAGCUAAAGAAUUGCCUUAUUCAAGCGCGCGAAUGAGCCUAGGACAAGACAAUGGAAAACCAGCUAUAGACAUCAUUGACACAGUCAGUACCUUGUUUUUUAUUGCAAAUCAUUAUAUAAGCAAAGGUUAUGAGAUUCAUGGAAUCAUUGGCCAUUCUACAGGUGGUUUGGCUGCGCUCAAAUAUGCUACAACAUGCGAAAGACCAUUAGCCCAUGUCAUUAACAUCAGCACUCCAUACUCAUUGAAUGACAUAAAUGUUGAUCAUACACUUGAAGCCUUGUAUAACUCCAUGGCAGGAUCCUCUGAAAGUCAAGAACGAGAAAAGAUACUCGGGUAUAUUACAGACAAAGAAAAAGAGCAAUUCAAAUCAUGGAGCAAUUCACACCGUAAGCAACACACACAUACACACAAAUAUAUAUAUAUAUAUAUAUGUGUGUGUGUGCAUAUGAGUAUUAGUGAGCUUAUAAGCAUCAAAUGGAAACAUCAAACCGACAAAAUAUUCGCUUUAAUAUUUAUUACACUUUUAUUAAAGUUACUCGAAUGCCUUUAACUACGUGUGUAUUGACAUGUCACGG